AUGGCUGAGUCGUCGGCUCCGGGCCAGGGGCCUUCAAGCCCGGACGCGGGGGGUAGCCACGAGUACACCGGCGAGGGGAGCCCGCAGUCGAAUGUUCGGGAGCAGGAUCGGUUCCUCCCGAUCGCUAACAUCAGCAGGAUCAUGAAGAAGGCGCUCCCUGCGAACGCGAAAAUUGCCAAGGAUGCCAAGGAGACUGUCCAGGAGUGUGUUUCUGAGUUCAUCAGCUUCAUCACCAGCGAGUUAGAUCUGAUUUCCCCUUAUUUAUUUCGCUCGCCGCCAACGUUAGUCUAGGAUGGGAAAAAUUCACUUUUUUUUCUUGCACUUUGUUGUGUUGUCUGGAUUUAAUGGCGCAGGGCAAGCGACAAGUGUCAGAGAGAGAAGCGCAAGACGAUAAACGGGGACGAUCUACUUUGGGCCAUGGCCACGUUAGGGUUUGAGGAGUACAUUGAGCCACUUAAAAUCUACCUGCAGAAAUAUAGAGAGGCAUCUUCGAAUAAGCCUAUUAUUCGUCAUUUCCUACGUUUAUUACCUGUUUAG